ACACAGCCACACCUACAGAAACUCGGAGAGAGACACAUAAUAGAGACGAGUCACUCUCUUUCUCUCUCUCUCUCUCUCUCUCUCUUUACCCUUAUUUACUGUUUCUUUGUAGUACAAAUUGUCUAAAUUUCUCUGCACCAAAGACGAAACCGUUCAUCUUCCAUGGAGAGAUAGCUAUUUUCUAUACAGAAAAAGCAAAAAAGAGAAUCAAAUUUCCACCCAGAUAAUACCGUUACUUCACGGAUCAUCUUUUGCCGCUAAUUCUGAGGAGUUGACUUUUUUUGCCUGGGUUGAAUUUACUUGGAUAAACAAGGUCAAUGAGGAUUCUUAUAACCGAUCCUAACUUGUUUGGGACCGAGCGUUUCCUCACUAGUGCACUCAAGGCCUUGAUUUCUCAUUGUUGACCUAGAUGCAAGGGAACAGAAGCAUACUGGAUUCCUUUCCUGAAACUAUUGAUCUUAAUCAGGUAUCUGUUUCAAAUAAUGCUUCUGUAGAUCCGACAGCCCCUUGGGAUAACUUGCUAAAUCCAGUAGAGGAUCGAUUAUCAAAUUCCAUGGUUUCUGCUACUCGAGAAAAUCCUAGUUGCACUAAUGCUGCUAGUUAUAACACUCAGAACCGCGGUGGGUGGGAUCAUGGUGGGUCGAGCUCCAGUGCUAAUCUGCACAACAUUGGACAUGGUAGUGAUUUGAAAAUAGGACAUGGUUGGGCUUCUUCGUCAAGUAAUUAUGCCACGACUAAUCCAAAGUCAGAAGAAAGGCGAUUUGAACCAUCCAAUAUCUUCCUUCCUGAGAGUACCACUAGUGGAUAUGGUGGAAAUCAUAUGUUUGGCAGCCCUCCAAAUUUACCAAAUCUUGCCUCGGCUCACAGUCCUGGAAAUGCUAACUUAACUGGUGCAUACAACCAUGGUGACACUCGGCUGGUCGUGAGACCAAGUGUAUCUCCAAUUGUCCAAACAUCUAGUGGCAGAUUGGAAGCUGAACGUCCUGCUUCCCAUGUCUCUUACAAUGUUGGUAUGUCUUCAGGUAGUUCUAGUUAUUGGGCAGGCCCCCCUGAUAUAUCAAGUUCUUCCAUGGGUAAUUGGGGUUUAUCCUGCAAGCGCAAGGCCCUUGAAGGCAGUUCUAGACAGUCUUGUGGUGGUAGUUCAAGCUCCAAUGCAGAACCCGAAAACGUUAUACAGCAUAAUUUUCCAAAUCGAUAUGAUGCUUCCAGCGGCUUAAAUGUAUCACCAGCCUCUGCAAGUGUGCAAAAUACUUGUUACUUAGAAAACCUUUUUCCGAGAAAUGGGGUUGGUACAGGAGUGGCUGCUUCUGACACAUUUCCUCCUUUAAGUGCUAGUGGAGUUGCGGAAACAUCUGCGAGAAAUUUUGGAGGUGGACCAAAUCUUGGGAACCAAGAUGCAAUUACAUUUGGUUUUCCGCCAACUGGGACCGAUUUAGGGCGUUCUAGUGGCGGCUCUAGUCUUGUGACUCCUCGAGCUAUCUCAGUAACUAAUUCCUUGAGCUCCAGACAGCCAAUUCCACUGCCAACAAAUUCAGGUAACCCAGGAAGCCAUUCUGGUGGAAUGCGCAUUUCUGGUGUUCCUAGAGGUUUGCAUCCAGUUCCUUGGAAUGCAUCUCCAAAUUCACGAGGUGGUAGUUCAUCAAGUCCAAAUAUGGUUUCUGGAGAUAGAUACGCUGCCUUACAGGCUGAAGCUAACUUCAGGAGUUCAAUAAGAAAUAAUAGGGAACCUCAUCCAUUUGUUCCUGCUCCUGAGACUAGAAAUAUGGUACAUGAUCCCACUAAUUGGAGUUUAGCUACUUCAAAUGCGAGCUAUUCCAGAAACACGCCUUCUAGUUCUGCAUCUGGCCAUGGAACAAGUGCGCUAACUUUUCCUACUGCAUGGAUGCCUAAUCAGAACUCAGCAACCAGUAGCAAUCACAGUUUUUCAGAAUUUGCUCCUUGGACUCCUGUUGGGUCUGGGUCUGGAAGUCAGAGAGGUCCAUUUUCCCUUCUGCCUUCAGCUGCAUCUUCCUUGGAGGAGGCAGAGAUGUCAUCCCGAUCUAGUAGCCGUGGAUCUAGUAGCCGUCGUAAUCAUCAACUUCACCUUAGAUCAACUUCGGUGGCCGAUUUUUCAGGAAAUGAUGUGGAUGGAUGGCGAGGUUUAGCUGCUGAUAUCGAGGGUCGUCACAGACUGAUUCGUCAAGUCUUGCGUGCCAUGCGGAGGGCCGAGAACAUGCGAUCCGAGGAUUAUAUGAUGUUCGAUCCAUUUGUCAACGGCGUUGCGGAGUUGCAUGAUAGGCAUAGAGACAUGAGGCUUGACGUUGAUAACAUGUCUUAUGAGGAAUUAUUGGCGUUGGAAGAACGUAUAGGGAAUGUGAACACCGGAUUGAGUGAAGAAACCAUUUUGGGCCAUAUGAAACAGCGGAAGCAUGAGCCUCUAUAUGGAGGGUCGUCGUCAAACAUGGAGCCUUGCUGUAUAUGUCGGGAGGAAUACAUAACUGGAGAUGACAUGGGCAUAUUGGAUUGCGGGCAUGAAUUCCAUUGUAGUUGCAUAAAGCAGUGGCUAAUGCUGAAGAAUCUGUGUCCUAUAUGUAAGAUGACAGCUUUAGAUGCUUGAAAUGCAACCAAACAAAGCUAUUUUUCCUCUUCUGUUUCCCUCCUCCCACCCCAACAAAGAAU